AUGCGGCUCUCAAUUUUCUCUGCAGUUACAGCAUUGGCUGCUGUGACGCCUACUUUGGGCUUCAACAUCGAUCAAUGGGAUCUGUUGGCUGGAAAGGCUCUGGUCAACCAGGUUGUCUACCACUACACGAACCCCGAAGCCAGCAAGACAUGCACCCCUCUUACUGCUGCAAUUCGAAGAGAAUGGGGCUCGCUUACCAGAGCCGAGCGGAAGGAGUACAUCAACGCUGUGAAGUGUUUGGCUUCCAAGCCCUCCAAGUCGGAUCCCGCAUUCGCUCCUGGUGCGCGCAACCGCUACGAUGACUUUGUCGCCGUCCACAUUAAUCAGACCUGGGUCAUCCACGCCACUGGAAACUUCCUGACAUGGCAUCGCUACUUCACCUGGGCCUAUGAGCAAGCUCUACGCAACGAGUGCGGCUACACCGGCUACCAACCUUACUGGGCCUGGAACAAGUACGCCGAUGACCCGCUCAACUCGCCCAUUUUCGACGGCUCCGAGUACAGCAUGUCCGGCGACGGAGCCUAUAUCCCCCACGAAGGCACCGAGGCUGCGCCGGGUAUUGUCCUCAAGCCCGGAAACGGUGGUGGCUGCGUCAAGGCGGGCCCAUUCAAGGACUGGAAAGUCAACCUUGGCCCCGUCUUCCCCAGCCUCAAGGUCCCCGGCGUCGUCGCCCAGAACGGCAGCGGUCUGGGAUAUAACCCCCGCUGUCUGCGCCGCGACAUCUCCAAGGAUGCCGCACGGUGGACCACAACCAACUACGUGGUGGACUUGAUCACCAAGGAGAAUAACAUCCUGGACUUCCAGAAUACCAUGCAGGGUGACUUCCCCAACGGCUUCCUCGGUGUGCACAGCGGCGGCCACUACACCAUUGGCGGUGAUCCGGGAGGUGAUUUCUUCGCCUCUCCCGGGGACCCUGCUUUCUUCCUGCACCAUUCCGCCAUCGACCGUGCGUUCUGGACCUGGCAGAACCAGGACCCCGCGAAGCGCACGUACGUCGUCGAGGGCCCGACCGUUCUCCCCGGUCUGACUCCGGACCCUCCCAAUUCCACUCUGAAUGAUAUCGUGGAUAUGAGCAGUGCUCUGGCGCCGCCCAAGAAGAUCAAGGAGCUUCUAGACACGACUGGGGGGCCGUUCUGCUAUGUUUAUCUGUGA